AUGAUACCAGAUAAUGUUAAUUUAGCAAAAAUAAAACAACAUAAUUUAUGUUUAGCUAGCAUGUUGUAUGGAAUUGGAUAUAAACCGAUCGCUAGUUAUGAUGCAAAACCGCACUAUAAAUAUAAAAAUAUUGAUUAUGAUUACAAUAAAUGUAUUGAUUACCUUAACCAAUCAAAUAGUUUAAAUACAACAGUAUCAAUAAUAGUAGAUGACGGUUUAUUUGUUUUAGACGUAGAUACCUACGAUGAUAUAGCAAAAUUAACUCUAAUAUCUGCUAAACAUGAAUGCAAAUCUAAUCUUGUUGUUAAAACACGAAACGGCUAUCACGUUUAUUAUAAUGUUGAUUAUGAUGUUAAAUCACAAAACACCAACAACAGCAAUAAUAGCAUAGCUACAAAAUGCAAUGGUAUGCCGAUUAUCGCACCUUACGCAUUUAGAUAUUGUAGAGGCUGGUGCUACAAACCCACAAAAACUAUUGUUAAUCGAAACCGCUUAAAUUACUUACCGUACGAUAUGUACCUUGAGAUAUCACGCCAGAAAAAUACCUGUAAAUCUUGCUCUAGCAUAGUCACUAACAAUGCUAAUUUUAACAAUAAACCAAUAAAAUAUUAUUUAUCAAAGUUAGACUCAAGCGUUUUUUUGUUUGGAGAUAGAAUCGUAUGGCUCAGAUUAUUAAGUGCGUGCAAAGCAACUGGAGAUGACAGAGCUUACAGAGAAUGUUUGGACUGGAGUCGUCAAGGAAAAUACAUUGCUAUGACCGAUCGAGAAUUCAAAGCCCAGUGGAAUAGUGCGAACGGAAUCAGCAAUGGUUAUGCCUACCUAACAAAAAUCGCCAGGAGUUAG